AUGAAAUUAAGUUCACUCGUUUUAUCAGCUUCAGCAGCAGUUGCAGCUCCAGCACUCACCGAUGAACAACUUGAGAGUGCUUUCUCGAAUCUUGGAACUUUAGCAACUCUGUUAGCUGCAGCUAAUCCUACUACAGUUGUUACGGUAGCAGCAGUUGACAAUACUGCAAGUGCGGCUACUCCUAUAUCUACUAUUACAACACAAGCAACGACAACGGGUUCUUUUUUGGGAAGUUUGAUCGACGAUAUUUUUGGCUCGCCAAAUAAUAAUGACCUGGAGUCGUCGUCGUCGUCAACAACAACAACACCAAUUGCAACACCAUUGGUGGUAGAAUCGUCAAAAGUAUCAACACCACAAGCAACAACGACAGCAGCAGCAACUACAGAAGGGCUUCUCGAGGGUCUAGUAGAUGCCUUAUUUGGUCCAGACUCAAAAACAGGAACCACCACCACCACCACCGCAGCUGCUACAGCACAAGUUGUAAGUGAUGCAACAGUGGCUACACUGGCCACUGCUGCCUCAACCGGAGGUUUUUUAGAGGGUUUGUUUGAUGACUUAUUUGAUAAAUCCGGAGAUUCACAUACAACCACCACCACCACCGCUUCGCAAUCAACUUCAACUAGUGGAUCUUUAUUAGGAGACAUUUUCGAUGCCAUAUUCGGUGACUCCGGAGACUCCCAAUCGACGAUCACAACGUCAACGUCAACAGCAACAGCAACGUCAACAUCAUCAGGAAGUGGGGAUUUUCUUGAACAAUUGAUUGACUCGAUAUUUGCUCCAUCAAAUCCCCUGACAGCAUCAUCACUGAGCGCUAGUGGUAGCGACGAAACUUUUGAUGAUAUUAUUCAAGAUCUUUUAGGAUUUGGUUUAAACUUGAUAGAGGGGAUAUUUGAUGACUUGUGGGAUGACGUCAAGGGAAAUCUCUCUGGCUUGUUUAACGGCCAAACGUUUUUGGGACUCAUACUUGGAUUUGCUAAAGAGAUUUUUGAUGAUUUGUUUGAAACUAAUGCAUCUAGCGCAACACAAUCCAGUGGGUCUUCAGACGGCUUUUUCAGUAGUAUAUUGAGCUCCUUAUUUGGAGGACUGUCGUCAUCGCUGAGCGUUGUAACAUCUGGUGCAGACUUAAUUUCCGAUCUUUUUACGACAUUAUUUACAUCUAUAUUUGGCGGUUCUUCGGGAGCAAGUGCUGGAACAUGUGUUCCAAAGUCUAAGAGGAUGAUGAUGAAACGAAGUGCAAGUGAUAAAAAGGAGAUACGGAAAAUUGUUAGAAAAAGUGUUAACAAAGUCCUUGCUAAAAACCAGAAUAUAAUCAAUCAAAAAAUCCAAAAUCUCAAAAGGGCCGAAGCUCUUUCUAAAAGGCUGUAUAUCAAAGCAGCAGCAUGA